AUUUUGGCUCUUUCUUACUCAAUUUUAAUCUAAACGAAGUCAACAUUUUCAUUCAUUGCAGUUACGGUAAAUCCUGAUUAUAAACCAACCCCCUGAAACCCACAUUUCAUAGAUUUGCACUUGCAUGCAGCAGAAAUUUCCGAUUUCUGUUGAGUUCAUUCAUUUCCUUUGAUUCUGCAAAUGAAACACAGGUUUAGGAGCCGUUCUUUCUUUGCUUUAGCCAAAUUGCUAGCUAUUUUCUGUCCACUUCUUUUGAUUUUCUACACAUUCUUGUAUAACCCUCCCUGUAAUGAGCCUUCUUCAGAUAUGUUGUCACCAAUGGUGGUGAAACUCUCCAACUCAACUGAAACUGUGAAUUACCCCACAAACAUUAGCCACAUUAAGUUCGUUUUGGUCGGCUGCACUAAAACAUGGCUGACCAGGAGACCCUACACUGAAGCCUGGUGGAGACCAAACCAAACCAGGGGAAACAUCUUCAUGGACUCACCUCCCCCUAAAGAAUUCCUCCCUUGGCCUAAAACUUCUCCACCCUUUCAGCUGAAUACAGAUGCCACUAAGUUACCGGUAUACCCGAAGCUGGCCAACCCGAUCGAGGCUCGGAUUUUCCGAUCCGUAUUGGACUCAUUUAGUCUAGGGGAUAACCAAGGUGUGAGAUGGUUCGUAAUGGCGGAUGAUGACACGGUGUUUUUCAUCGACAAUUUGGUACAAGUGCUGGCCAAGUAUGACCACACAAAGCAAUAUUAUGUUGGCAUGCAUUCGGAGUCAGUGAUUUCCAACUUCCUAUUCGCCUUUGAUAUGGCGUACGGUGGUGCCGGAUAUGCUUUGAGCUAUUCACUAGUGGAACAACUGGCGCCAUUGAUGAAUGAUUGCCUUGAAAGAUACCCAUUCAUGCAUACCAGUGACCAUUUAACAUCCUCUUGUUUAUUUGAUUUGGGGGUUGCUCUAACCCUUGAAAGGGGUAUUCAUCAGAUUGAUCUUCUUGGAGAUAUAUCAGGCAUGAUAUCAGCUCAUCCACAGGUACCGAUUGUUACACUUCACCAUUUCGACAAUAUAGACCCAAUCUUCCCUAACAGGAACCGAACCGAAGCAGUAAAGCAUCUGAUGAAAGCCGCCGAAAUCGACCAAUCACGGCUGGCACAGCAAACGAUAUGCUACGACAAGCCAAUGAAUUGGUCUGUGUCAGUCUCAUGGGGUUACUCAGUUCAUAUAUAUGAAAGUAUUAUUCCUCGGAGUAUCCUAAGGAAACCCCUUGAGACAUUUAAACCCUGGAAGGAUGGUCCGCCUCCAUUGUACAUGUUCAAUACCAGGUUGCUUACCAACGAUCCAUGUCAUACGCCCCAUGUAUUCUUCAUGGAAUACAUUAGGAAAUUGAAAGGAAAUUCCGUAGUUCUUACAACCUAUAGACGAAAAGCUCCGCGUCGGCAACAACCUUGUUUCGUCCCCGGAAAUUAUUCGGCGGAUAAUAUCCUCAGAGUUCGAGUUUUCUCGAAUGCAACAGUGCGGAAGGAGGCUGGGAAAAUUGAUUGCUGCAAUGUGCUGCAUAUGGCUGGCAUGAAUGUCAUGAACAUCAAGUUAAGGAAUUGUAGGAAGGGUGAAGUCAUUGCAUAGUUGGAUCAUCUUCGGUUGUAUUGAUCUUAAAUGGUAUAUGUAUAAAUAUAGUAGGGAUAUGUUUACAUUAAAAAUUAUUAAUCUCAUAGGCUGCUAGUCAACUUUUUUUAAUAUCAUAAAGCUAAUUUGACAACUCCACUAGCUACUAUAUUUUCAUUUCCAUAACCAAAAGAUGUUAUGAGACACCACUAAGUAAUAUUUUUAUUGCACCUGAUGUAAACGAAAUUAGAAAUUUAUAGAAUUUUGAUUUUAUAAACAA